UAGCAAACCCCUCUAACUUUCAAGAAAAACUAAGUAAUUUCACAUUUUUUGAAAAUAGUAUAUUUUAAAACCAGAACAUUUAUUCUAUAUGUUUCACUAGCUAUUUACUACUUAUUUGCUGUAAAUAUUUGUAUGUGAGCAUUUUUAGACACCCACCCCUUACACAAUUUUCCUUAGCAACCAUUGUUUAUUCAUCGUUUGUAAGGCUAUAACAUAAUUGUAAUUAAUAAUGUAAAAGUUAAAAAUGCGAAAUAAUGAAAGGCUAAGUAAAUCUGAACAGGAAGAAGUUACAAUAAGGAAGGUAACUCUAAAAUUUUUUAAAAAUAGUUCCAAAAUAUAAACUUCACAUGUUGGAUAUUUUUUCUAAAAUUUUUGUUGCUUUGUCAGUGCUGGACUUACUGUGCUUUUAUUUUUGUUGUGAGUAUUACUAUUUUGCUUAUUAUUGAAAGCCUGAACUGUUUCUUUCAAAAUGGGAAAUAAAAAAAAGGCCAGAAAAACAUUAAAAAGACAAUUUCGUGGCAAUCAACACACUUGUCCUACAACAACUAUUGAGUCUGUAGCAAGCAAAAUUACAGAGCUCCCUAAUACCGAUAGUGAGACAAAUGUCACUCCUGGUCCUUCUGCCAAGAAAAUUAAAAUGCAAAGUAAUAUUCUACCAGAAGAAAGGAACUUAAACAAUACCAACUCAUUUAUUUUAAUGGAUACUAGUAUUCUGUUUGCUUUUCUAUCUGCUACUGUUGCAUGUGAUGUGUGCUCCCAGUUCACCUUAUCUGUAGAGCUCGAUGACGAAAGACGGAGUGGUUUCGCCCAUGAAAUUAUAUUAAGAUGCAGUAAUUGCAAUGAAUGGGAGACAAGAUUCAAAACAAGUAGAGAGGAUUGUGGCCACAAAGAAGUGAAUUUAAGAAUGGUUUCAUUUGCAAGAGCCAUUGGAAGAGGAUAUAAUGCACUUGAUAUGUUUACAUUAUAUCUCAACAGCCCUCCGCCAAUGACCAGAAAUAACUACAAAAAAAUGUUUACAACAGUUGCUGAAGCUAGUAAAAAGGUAGCCAUGGAAAGUAUGGAGAAAGCAGUAACAGAGUUAAGGGAGAUAUCAGAAAAUUCUGAAGAUGAUGUAGUUGAUUGUUCUGUUUCUGUUGAUGGGACAUGGCAACGCAGAGGUCAUUCUAGCCAUCACGGAGUGGUAACGGCUAUUUCCGUUGAAAAUGGAAAGUGUAUGGAUACAGAAAUUCUUUCCAAUAUUUGUAAGGCAUGUCAGCAUUGGGAAAAAAGAAAGGGAACAGUUGAAUAUGAGUCCUGGAGGUUACAACACAAUUGCAAAAUUAAUCAUGCAGGUAGUGCUGGAGCAAUGGAAGCUGCAGGUGCAGUCAACAUUUUUAUGCGCUCUGUUGAAACCAGAAAUAUCAGAUACACUCAAUAUUUAGGUGAUGGAGAUUCUUCUUCAUACAAAAAAGUGGUCGAUUCUAAGCCAUAUGGAGAGAAGCCUAUCGAAAAACUGGAAUGCGUAGGCCACGUCCAGAAAAGAUGCGGGACAAGACUGAGGCGGCUAGUAAAUGACAAUAAAGGACGAAAGCUUGACGAUGGCAAGGGCAUUAGUGGUAUCGGCAGAUUAACCAGCAAAAAAAUAGACACACUCCAAAAUUACUUUGGAUUUGCCAUCCGUCAAAAUAGUGGUAAUUUGGAUCAGAUGAAAGCAGACGUCAAAGCUGUCCUUUUUCAUGUUGGAUCGUCUGAAAAAAUACCAAGACAUGAUUACUGCCCUGACAACUCUUGGUGCAAAUACAAGCUUGACCCAAAGUCUUACAAGCAUAAAAAUGGUCUCCCUGAAGCUGUGAUAAAAUUUUUGGAACCCAUUUUUGUAGAUCUGGCAAAUGAGGAGUUGUUGCGAAAAUGCACUCACGGAAAGACACAGAACAGAAAUGAAAAUUUGAACAAAUUGAUUUGGGAAAGAUGUCCUAAAGAAUUGUAUGUAGAGAAAGAAACUAUAGAAGAGGCAGUGUAUAGUGCUAUCUCUUAUUUUAAUGAUGGAGCAGUAUCAAUCAUUAAAUGUUUAGAAUACCUCGGUAUAGAACCUGGAUACUACACAUAUAAAAAGUGUUUUGACCGCGACAAAAAACGCAUUCGUUUUUCUGACAUCAAGUCGUCAGAAGCAGCAAAGAAAAGAAGAAAAACAUUAAGAGCCAUAAAAAAAGGCUUCCUGGAUACCACAGCAGCUUCAGAAGGGGAUAUGUACACAUCAGGAGGGCAUUAA